AUGAGGGUCGCGGGUCGGCGAGGGGUCAAUGAGGGUCAUGGGUCAGCGAGGGGUAGCACGGGGUCGGGGGUCGCCGGUAAAAAACUGGAAGGGUCGGGGCUCACCGGGGGGUCGCCGGUCACGGGGGCAAGGUGCCGCGUCGGCGGGUCACUGGGAAAGGGAGGAGUGGUGGAGGAUGCCCCGGGGGAGGGGGGGGAUGAAGGAGGCAGGUAG